AUGUUGGCAGUUGGGGACACUGCCAACAAUCCUCAACCAGUUCAGGACAUUCCAGAAAUGACCUUCCACCCGACUGAGUUUAAUUGCAGCGACACCAACUUGGACGACCCUAUGGUCAUCUCCAUCCAGUUGGGAGACCUAAUAGUUCGGAAAGUUUUGCUGGAUCCGGGGAGCAGCGCUGAUGUGUUAUUUUUUGCCACAUUUGAAAAGAUGAAGCUGAGCAUUAACAUUUUACAGCCAUCUAUCAGAGACUUGGUCGGAUUUUUAGAAGAGCGGGUCCCCGUUCUGGGUUCAGUGUGGUUGCAAACCACACUCGGUGAGCAGCCACUAUCUAAGAUACAAGAUAUUCAAUAUCUUGUAGUCGACUGUUUUAGCCCAUAUAAUCUCAUUUUAGGUAGACCUUUUUUAAAUAUAUUUGCUGCAAUUGUAUCCACAAUUCAUCUUUGUGUCAAGUUUCCUGUGCAUGACAAUGUAGUGGCCACGGUUCACAGUGAUCUUCAAGAAGCUCGGAAUUGUUAUAACACAAGCUUGAAGCCUAUUGAUGCCAAGGCAUCUUAG